AUGCGCAGCGGCGCGGAGGGCGGGGUUGUCGUCCUGCCGGUCGUCCACCACACCGCAAUUCGACCUGAGGAGGAGCGCUUCGGCCCGAACGCGCCGAACGCCGUGCGUCGGUACGAACGCCGAACGGAGAAGCUGAGGCGGCGGCGAGAGUUGGAGGCACGAGAGGAGUUGGUAGCGCGGAAGCGCGGGGUAUCGCACGGGGUGGUGGGGGAUAUCGUAAUCCACCGAGAAAGCCCAAUUGUGAACCCCCUUUCGCCCGAUCAGAGUGCCGUUCAGGCGGACGGUUUCGCACGGAGUGCGUUAAGUAGUCGUCCAGAAGGGGCUAGCAGCAACAUACGUAGAAUACGCGUUAUUGCAGUCUCACCCACCCUAGACCACCGUGGCGGCAGUGUCCCUAUGCCAGACCCUGGCAGCCCUAGUUACCAACCCCCUCUAGGCACCGAUCCAGAAGUGUUUCGAAGUGAAGAAAUUUCGCGUCGCAGUCGACCGGGUUCGACUCAAUAA